GGGGCGGCCGAUGGGGCAGGGCCGCGCCGCGCAUGGAGCCGCGCCACAGCGGGGGCGGCAGCGGCAGCGCCGAGGCGGCGGCCGUGGCCCCGGACGAGAGGCGGCGGCGGGAGCCCAUGGCGCCGCGGCGGCGGCGGAGCAGCGGCGCGGCGGGGGCGGACGCGGGGCACCCCCGGGAGCGCGGCGGGUCUAUCACCCGCCCGCGCCUCGACUCGCUCCGCAAGAGCCGCCCGCUUUUUCCUUGGUUUGGCUUGGAUAUUGGAGGGACCUUGGUCAAGCUUGUUUACUUUGAACCAAAAGACAUCACUGCUGAAGAGGAGGAGGAAGAAGUAGAAAAUCUUAAAAGCAUUCGAAAAUACCUGACCUCAAACGUUGCCUAUGGAUCGACAGGCAUUCGGGAUGUGCACCUUGAACUAAAGGACCUUACGCUGUGUGGACGUAAAGGCAAUCUGCACUUUAUACGCUUUCCUACUCAUGAUAUGCCUGCUUUUAUUCAAAUGGGCAGCGAGAAACACUUCUCAAGCCUCCACACUACCUUAUGCGCCACGGGAGGUGGAGCAUACAAAUUUGAGCAGGACUUUCGCACAAUGGGUGAUCUUCAGCUUUGCAAGCUAGAUGAACUUGACUGCCUUAUUAAGGGAGUAUUGUACAUUGAUUCUGUUGGAUUUAAUGGACACUCGGAAUGCUACUAUUUUGAAAAUCCAACUGAUUCUGAAAAAUGUGAGAAGCUCCCGUUUAACUUGGAGAAUCCAUAUCCUCUCCUGUUGGUGAACAUUGGCUCAGGGGUCAGCAUCUUGGCUGUUUAUUCCAAAGACAACUACAAGCGAGUAACUGGGACCAGUCUUGGAGGGGGAACCUUUUUUGGCCUCUGCUGUCUUCUCACAGGCUGCUCCACCUUUGAAGAGGCUCUUGAAAUGGCAUCCCGUGGCGACAGCACAAAAGUGGACAAACUUGUGCGGGACAUCUAUGGAGGGGAUUAUGAGCGGUUUGGGCUGCCAGGGUGGGCAGUGGCAUCUAGCUUUGGAAACAUGGUGAGCAAGGAGAAGAGAGAGUCUGUCAGUAAAGAAGACUUGGCCAGAGCAACGUUAAUAACGAUCACCAACAACAUUGGCUCCAUAGCACGGAUGUGUGCCCUUAAUGAGAACAUUAAUCGGGUGGUUUUUGUUGGCAAUUUCUUGCGGAUCAAUACAAUCUCAAUGAGACUUCUAGCUUACGCGUUGGAUUAUUGGUCCAAGGGACAGUUGAAAGCCCUCUUCUUGGAACACGAGGGUUAUUUUGGAGCAGUUGGUGCUCUUCUGGAGCUGUUGGAUACAGCCUGAUAUACUUCGAAUGCUAUGUUGGACCCAUACUGCAGGGCCUACUACACCGUUGGAGCACCCAUGUUUAGUUCGUUUUUUAAAGCAUCUUGUUCAGUGACUGUUGAGAGAAUCGUCCGUGACCCAAUCAGUGUGGGAUGGAAAGGACGCACAUAUCUUUUGUGAAACAGUGGAGGACAAUCCUGAAAAAAUUUAUCAUAGACUUGUUCAUAAGAAAUACAUAUGCAAGUGUGUGGACCGAAUGUGUUGGCUGUCCCACAGGUUCCCAAAAGACAUUCUUCGUUUCUUUUACUCUGAGUAGCACGCUCUGCCUUACUUGUCAUAUAUGUUGUGCUACUGUAAGCAAGGUGGCUGUGGGAGGAACUUGCACUAUUGUGUUCUCAAGGCUACUCUAAGUGCUUAAUGUCUGCAUUGUUAGCUUCCUGUGUUUCAGAUAUACUGUGUGUAUAGAUGAGUUCAAAGGGCUUGCUAAAUUUUCAUGGUAAUAUUGAAUAGUGAAGUAACUACACCUGGAAAAAAAAACAAUCACAGACCUGAAAUAUGAGAACUGGAUUCUUUUUCUCUUCUGAACACACUCUAAUGACCUAUAAAACACCACUGCAUUAUCAGUAUUGCUUUAUUUCUGAGUAGAGUCCCUUGCAUAUGCACGUAUCUACGCUGUUAAAGAAACGAGGUGAAAUGAAUGGCUUACUGUAGACAGGCUGCCAUUUGUAUCCUGUGAAAGCGUUUUAGGCAGAUCAGAAUUUCCUUCAGACUCAAGGGUCAAACCAUUUUAAUGCAUUGUUGAAGUGCAGCAGAAGUUGCUUAGAAGCUGCUGAAACAAAUUUAGAAAUGUUUAAAAAUGAGCAUUUCUUUAAAAAGCUGGUGAGUGAAACCUUUCUCUCUCUCUCCCUCCCUCCCCCCUGCAAAGAUUCUUUUUCUUUGUAGCCAGUUGAACAGAAUCCAGGCUUGGGAGGAAAACUUUCCGCAUGAGCAUUGCACCCUCUCUGUUUUCUUUGUGUCUAGUUUCUUGCAAAUCCUUAGACUUAAUUGCCACAAUUUGGAUCCUCAGAGGGCAUUGAUUUUUCAGGGUGUUAAACUGGAACAUGUUUGAGAGAAUAUUUAGAACGCUGGCAGGAGGUAGCUUUUUUUGGUUUUUGUUUUUUUUAAAGUUUUUUUUGAAGCGACCGUUUUGAUGAUAAGCCUGCAAUUUUGUCUGGAAUAAUUGUUUUCCUGCAUCCUUGACAGCCUUGGAUUUGUUGUCUUGGACUGCUAAGCUGAACACAGUGUACAGGAGUGUGUAAAUGCUCCUGUGUGUGGGGAUGAUGCCAACUUCUUCAGUGUGGCUUCAGUGCAAGCAGUGAAUGUGCAAGAUUUGCUUCCUGAAAUAGCUACUGCAUCUUAGCUGGUGGAUAAAAUUAACCCGUGCUGCCCCUGCUUUCUGCCACAUGGUAAUGUGUGGUUUCUCUGCCGUACAGCUCAGGAAUGCAAAGAAAGUCUUUCCUGCUGUGAGCAGAGUGAACACUAUUUCUUUUGAGCCCAGGACUGGAUUCUUGCUUGCAUGAAUUGUCUGAGUUCCAUCGGCUUCAGUUUACAGCAGCUGGCGACCUACCCCUCUGCUUUAAAUAACUUGUCGUAUUUAGGACAUAGGUCACUUAGGAGAUUCAUGGACUAGCCUCUGCAUAGGGCUGCUUUAUUUCCAGUAGGUUACAAGGGGAAAAGCUCUUUGAUCUUAGUGUAAGCACUAGCGGAUAUUUUUAAUUGCAGCAGAGAAAAUAGCCAUCUCAAUUUGGUAGCAACACUGCGUUGAAACAGUGCAAGGCUGAGGUGCAGUAGCAGAGCUAAUGGGGGAGAUGGCAGUCUGCAGAGCUACCACCUGCCGUGUGCCCCUGCAAAUCCUGCUGCACUUCAGGAGCUCAGUAUUCGUAAGGGACACUGUGCUUUUGGGACUGGUGAGCCUGGCCUGGCAAGGGACUCCUGGUUGAGGAGGGUCAGUGUCUUCACAUCUUCGCUCCUUGUCUCAUUGCCCUCACACCAGUGCUGUUGGCCACCUUGAUCUCUGGGGCACUUGGUGUCACCAGCAUCAUGGUAGAACUAUACUGGGCAUUUUUAGAACUAGAUUGAAAUUCCAGGCCUGUACGUCUAAUUGUUAGGCAAGAGGGGUGACCCAGACAUUGGGUGAGAGAACUGGUAUGCUCUCAACUAGUUGAGUUGCUGUUUAGGAAGGCUCAAGACGCCGAACUACUUGUUGUCCACAGCUUGGAGAGUUCUCUUCACCUUUUGCUACAAAAGAGAAGAACUUGGAGAAGUGGAGAAUCUCUGACUACAUAGGAAAAUUCCAUUACCUUUUUCUUGGUAACAUUUCAGACUCAGAUCAUGCGUUGAUUUGCAUUCAAAUUUGAAUUGAGAGAGACAUUUUUCAAAGGACAGCAGUUCAUGCCUAGGUUCUUGUAUUUAUACUCAGUUUUUCAUAGCUGCACCAAAGUGAAUCCAGAUCAAGAGAAUACCAAGUAGGGUUUUGGAACUGGAUGUCAGGUUUCCUCAAUGUACCCAGUUCCAGCCACAGCCAGCUUCGACUUGCAGGCUGCUUUUUUUGUGCCAUGUUUUACAUAACGCUUAGUAAUUAUUGAUGCCCAGUCUGGUUCAGAAAGGGGCUGUACCUUUGGAUUGAAAACCAAGAGUCCCGGCCCUGUUUCAGCUUGUGGAAACCAAGUGGAACAUGUUGUUGGUGUUAUGCUGGGUUGAAAUUCCUUUGUGUGUGAAGGACCAACUUGGUACCAUUUACAUCCUUAAAAUAGGUUGGAAGCAAUGCCCUCAGCUGUUGCAAGUGCUCUAUAUAUUGCUUUAUGUGAUAGUCAGUGUUAUCAAGGUUUCUCAGUGGACCUCACUGCAGGGCUGAAUUUUACCUUUGGUGUUCAGCAGCAGGUACAAAGGAUCUGGUCCGGCUUCCUGAAGGAUUGGAGCAUCUAAUGUUGACAGGCAAGAGGCUUAUUUCAACAGCUGCUCCUUUUCUUGGAGCAGGGUUGUGAGAGGAGGGAUGAUGGGCUCUACGUGCUAGGAGAGGCACUUUUCACAUCUAUGAAGGGAAAAAGAAACACUCAUGUCCUUCUGUAAACUGCAGCCCGGCCUAAAACCGUUGUGGUGCACUUGAACACCUGCCAGGCUCUGUGACUGGAACUGAAGCAAAGCAAGCAAGCUGUUUGUCCUUGAAUUUCCCCAUUCCCCCCCCCACACACACACGUCUUUCUUUUCUGUGUGUUCAGUAGAACCUAGAGUUGCGGGGCAAGAUGUCUUUGUUUAACAGCUAUUUCACCUGUGUAUUAUACGUAUUCUUUUGUAAAACUUUUUAAUUUUUCCUUUUGGAUAAAAUAUUACAACUAUUUUUA